AUGACAAAUUUUAAUUGGAUAAUAAUUCUAAUUAGUAUUCUUUGUAUAUUAACAAUCGCUGUAUCUGACAAUAAUGUUAAUCUUUUACCAAAAUCAAUUCAUGAACUUAAACAAUAUUAUGAUGUAAUCAAAAAUUUAGAAAAACGUGGUAUUUUAAAUAAUGAAAUUGCUGCUAAUGAAAAACAAUUAUACAUUGAACAUGCAUCAAAACUUGUCGGGAGUAAAGAAUUAUUAACUGAGGAAGAAUUCAUAACAUGGAAACAACGAGAAUUGAUUGUAUCUUUUUCAAACAUAAUAGCUAUAUUAGCUGGUAUUACUGUUAUUAUAGCGCUAACCGUAUUAAUUGGUAUCUAUAUAUUACCAAUAUUAGUUCAUAUACCAGCUAUUUAUUGGGAAAUAUUCUUUUAUAUAAUAUCAAUAUCUUUAAUGAUAUUAAAUCAUAAUUCAUGGUUAAUUUUCUUUGGUUGUCUUACAUUUCUAGCAACAUUAUCAUUUACAAUUAAAUUACAUUUUUCAAGAGAUAGACAUGCUGUUUUAAAAGCAUGUUGGAUAUGUUUUUUUGUUUGGACGAUUGUAGCUAUUUAUCAACAACAUCGUGAAGCAGGUUAUUUAGCUGUUAUGGCAUUAGAAGCAUCAUUAGGUUUUAUAAUAUUUGUUGGAGAAUUAAUUAUUGUAAUUGGUUUUCAUAAUGAAAAAGUUAUUCCAAGUGCAACAAUAGCUUCAUUUAUUUUAAUUCUUAUUGGAAGUAUUUUACAUAUUCAACAACGGUCAAAUAUAUUAACAAUACCAUUUACUCGACCAUUAUUAUUUUUAGGAACAUUUGUUUAUUUUAUUGGAUUGCUUAUUCUUAGUUCAAGUUUAUAUACUAAACAGAACGCAGGAAAACUUGCAGCUUUAUUAUUACAAAUUAUUGCAUUUUGUAGUGGACUAGCAACAAUGUUUUUUGGUCCAAUGCUUGAAAUACCAUUUAUUCAAGCUAUUGGUGGUACAAUGUUUGUUAUAUGGCUAUUAGAAAAAUAUGUUGAAAUUGCACCAUGGAAAAAUACAAUAGCAGUUGCUAGUAGUUUGUUAGAUAUUGAGAUUGCAAAUGAUGAAACAGAUCGUGAACAUUUAAUAACAACAUCACCAAUUCUGAAAUCAAAUGAAAAUAAAAAUAUUGAAGACAUACUAGGUGCCUAUCAAAAGAUAAAGAAAGGCAUGUUUAAUUCACAAUGGCUACUUAAUCCUCAGUUCGCAUCAUUUUUACAACAGUAUAAACCAGAUUCAGCUAAAGUUCUUUGUAUUGCCUCUAACAAACAUUUUUCCGUGUGUGAUGGUAGAAAAAAUGAUAUUGAUCGUCACAUAAAGUUGAAAAGAUAUAACAACAACAUAAAAUCAUUCGGUAUAGAUCGACAAUUGAUAACAUCAACUAUGAAAUCUAACACGAAGGUUGAAGAAACAGCAGCUGCAGAAGGUACUUUUGUCUACCAUGGAGUGAAGCAUAGUCAUUCUCAUUCAUUUCAACAAUAUUUUAUGUUUUGCAAUUUUGUUAAAAUAAAAACAGAAUGCUAUAGAUAUGAAAAAGUUGAAAAUCCUCAUAAAUGCUAA